UAGUAGGACAAAAAAAAAAAGAAAUCAAAUAUUUUCACAAAGAUUACAUUGUCCCUCAAAGCUUCUUCUUUAAAAAUAUUUAUUCUUUAAAAUGUACCUUUACUGAUCUUUUAAUAAUCGCAGAAUAGAAGAGAAGCUAUUUUAUUAUUUAACACAGACCCAUUUAAUACAUAAUUUGCUAACACUUACACCUCCCCAGGGAGGUCAAAUGUUCAAUAGUCACCAGCUUACCUCCGCUUUGUAGCCUGGAGGGUAGCAACGCCUGGUAGAAAAUUACACAUGUGUGUGUGCUCGCCUGAAUCCGGGUGAAUCUUUUUCGGCAUUUCAGUGAGAGUAAUCGCUUUACAUUCCUUGAUGCAAUCUGUCAUUUUAAAAAGAUUCGGUAUCCAGCAGCUCUUACGGAACAACUUACAUCUAAGACAUGUAAAUUGCGCGCGUUGUUUUGCCUCAAAUAGCUCAAAGCAACCCAAAGAGGACGAAACUCUCAAUGGUUUAUCAGAUGUUAAAAGGACACAUUUUAAGCUUAGAAAGAAAACAAAGAAACAUGGCCCAGAUACUGAUUUUAUGCAGUUGUGGAGUACUUCAGAAGGCUACAUUCAAACUAUGUACAAGGAAGCAAAGACAGGAACGAAAAAACCCAUGCGAAAUACAUUUUGGACUCAAAAUGUAAGCACACUACCCCUAGCCAGUGAACUGACGGAGGAAGAAAGAGAGGAACUUCUUGAAGAUGACUGGUCAGUGGAUUUCAGAAUCCCCGAAGCGGGGGAUUUUGCAAGUUUAACCCCAGUGUACAAGUCAUUGACAGAAGAGGAAGGUGAAGAAAUUCUGGAAAGAAAAGGUAAUGAACUUGAGAGGGAAGAAGACAAGUAUGCAAAGAAAGAAUCUGAUGCUGUUGACACUUCAAAAAUCGUAUCCUUUCAAGACUUUGAUCUUCAUCCAAAACUUGUUGAGAAACUAAAUAGAGAUGGUAUUACCAUGCCAACAGCCAUCCAGAAACAAGCAAUUCCACUGAUCUUUAAAAGAAAGAGUCUCCUAAUUCAGUCAGAGACAGGAUCUGGUAAAACACUGGUGUUUUUGUUGCCUGCUCUUCAAUUUCCUGGAAAGGCAUUUGGUACAGUGAUUAUUGUACCCACUAGAGAAUUGGCCAGUCAAUUGCUGUUUGAGACACGUCGUCUUCUUGGAGACAAAACUAUUGUGGAGUCUUUUGUGAGUGGUAUUGAUCUGAGUAAACAGGAAGCAAGAUUGAAAGACAACAAAAGAAAACCUUUGAUAGUCAUUGGGACUGCAAAGAAGAUCCUUGAAAUCGUCGACAAGGAUCCCUCUCUUGUACAGCACACAAAAACUAUCGUGAUUGAUGAAGUAGACAAAGUUCUUUUGCCGCUUCAUAGAAAGACUCCAUUUAAGAAGCUAACCCACCGAGAGAACCAUCCCAGACCAGCAAAAUUGUUAGUGGAGAAGAUCCUUAAGACCUCUAAAGUCAAACCAAUUCAGCUUAUUGGAGCUUCUGCAACUGUGAAUGAUGAACUCAAAGAAGACCUAAUAGAACUUGGUUGGGGAGACCAUGUGACAGUCAUACAGUCUCCGUCUCUUGAAGGAAAACAUCGUAAUGUUCCGCCAUGCAUUAAGCACCAGUAUGUCAUUUGUGAUCACUCACUUGGUAUUACCAAAGCUGAGGCUCUCGCCAGAAUUUUCAUGGAUUCAGGCCAGAAGUCAGCCCUGGUGUUUAUUCAUCGUCUCCAAUCAGUCGACAGUUUUGUCUGGGAGUUAAAAGAGCUAGGCAUAAAUGCCAUCGCUCUCUACAAACAAGUUGCUAAUCAAGAUCAUGAAGAGUAUAAAAAAUUCCUUACUGACUUUCGGACUGGGAAAAUAAAUGUUGUGGUUGGCACAGAGGAAACUGUCAGGGGUCUGGAUUUUAAAGAGCUGAACCAUGUUUAUUUGACGGAAGUCGCAAAGAAUAUUGAUGAGUACUUACAUCUUGCUGGGAGGGUAGGACGGCAGGGGAGGCCUGGCACUGCUACGACAUUGGUAUCCACAAAAGACCCAAGAGAAGAGAUAAGGAUGAAACUGGAAUAUCGCAGGCUUCAGUUACCCUUUGAACAGAUCAUUUUGUAAAUGACUUUUUAAUUAAAUAAGCUUUGUGCAAAAAAUUAGCCAGGUGUUAGCAGGCAUCUGUUUUCGGAAAUGCAAGAGUUGAGAUCUUACCUGAAAUAUUUUGAACUGAUCUUAAUCUGAAUAGGCCACUGUUUUGUCCAUUAAAUGGCUUUGAUCCUGUUUUUGUAAUAAUAUCAGAACAGCUACAUUUAUCGGUGUGAAAUAUUCUUGGACGAGUCUUAAAUCUCUCUCUCCUGCUCUCAAGCAAUUCAGUUUUUUUAGGCUAUGAGAAUACAGUUGAACUGCAGCUAAUGGACCAGUUUCCUAGGAAAAGGUACCGCCAAUGUCUGGACACUUAGUCAUUGUCCCAGCUACAUGCAAACACCGAAUUAUUUUGUAACCUCACAUAAGAGAAGUCUCUGUUAACAGUCAGUAGGUCAAGUCCUAAGGGUGUUCACUUUCAGGUUUCUCAGAAAUUGAAAGUACUCUUAGUAUUCUUGAUAGCUGAAGUCAUGUACAAGUGUCUGCUUGCAGCAAAAAAAGAUAAAAAAAUGAAAUUAAAUGAAAUAAUACAUUAGUUGACCAGACAAGACAAUUUGAAUUUCGCAUCCAGAAGCAAAUGUGGCCAUGUUGCCCAGGGUUGAAUUUUCCUCACUUAGGCCUAUUCAAAUGCUCUGGGUGUUAGGACAUUAUUUUUAUUUAACUUAAUUACAUGUCUUUGCUGUAAAGAAUUCCCCAUUGUGGUAGUUCACAAAACUCUUCAAGGUUUUAUAGCAAAAUUGAUUUAUUAAAAAACUGUAAGCUAGAUAUAACUGCUGUGGUAUUACUGAACAGAUGUAAACUACUACAUUACUCAAUUUUAUUAUCCUCUGUUUAAAAAGUUAACAGUAAAUUCUAAGAAAGAAACAGUCUUGUUUUGCUAAUAGGCAUUUGAAAUUACUGCUCUGUCACCAUUUGCACAUGGCCCAGAAAAUUUCUAUGUAAUACGACACAUGGAGCUUUAAGACUAAUAAAAAGUAGCAAUGCAUCCAGGACAAAAGCUCACACUACCAUAUGUAAAAAUUAAUUUUUCUUUCUGCAAUCCACACACUAACAAAUUGUACAAAAGCAACAAUUCUAUUGUGUUCGUUGUUAUGACAAACAUAAAGGUCCCAGAUAAAUUUUGAGGAGUAGCUGUUAUUGUAGUUGAGUCUGUGGUCAAAUAUUCUUUGUUUAGAAGGUUUAGAAAUGAGGCAUGAGGGUCAGCACAAAGCAGUAUUGACCCUUCUGCCUGGUUUGUAUGUCAAACCACUGAUAAUUGCAAUAAAAGCAAUUGUAUCGAAUCAACAGAUUCAUGAAAGAGCUUGACAGAAACUUUUUGGGAAAGCUAGCCAGUGUUAACAGGUUUCUACGAGUAAUGCCCCUUUCUUUUUUGGAUAACUGGACUUGCCCAAUAAGUGAUUACGUGGUACUGACAACCAAAACAAUAAGACUGAUGCAUAAUUAUUAAGCAACUAGGUGUGUCUGUGCCUGUGUUUGCUGCAACAGUUUACUGUAGUGGUAAUGAUAAAGGCUUGGUUGUCUAGGUUCAAUGGGAACUUAGUAACUUCAAUGAUGCUGUCACUGCCUACUCUUAUCAAUUUCUUAAAAGAUUGUUAAAUGUACAGUCCAGUUUAUUCUGAUCAUUACCGUUCUGGGGCUACAAAAUGCUACAUUUAUUUGGCUUUACCGAACAAUUAGUUUCUUGAUGCUAAUAUCACUUGGUAACCUUGAAUUGUCAAAUGCACAACAUUGGAAAACACGCCUACAUGUACAUCGCUAGUUUCUGAGCUAUUCAUCACAGCACAGGCACGAACUAACCAUGCACAAAUAAAA